CCUGCCUUGGAGCCACUGGCCCCCGCCUCCAUGCUGGGCCUGGAGGGCCCCUGCUGGGUGGGCCUGGGGCCCGAUGGGGGCCUGGCUGUGAGCGAGGAGUUCAGGGACAUGUGGCUGUUUGGCAGUGCCCGCCAGCCCCUGUGCUCCCUGGGGGACCUGACUGGGCACCACUUUGGCAGCCUGGCAGGCGUGUGCACCGAUGCAGCAGGCAGUGUCAUUGUGGUGGACGAGCAGCGGCACCAGGUGACCCUGUUGCCCUGGGCCAGGGCGCCCAUCUGCCUGGUGUCCGAGGGGCUGAGGUGGCCCCUGGGUGUGCCCUGA